GCGACAGCCGACCCACCGGCCGAACGUACCUAACGAUCGAACAUUAGAUGACCCUAAGUUAUCCUAUUUAAUUCCUUACUUAAGUUGUAAUAGCUAAAAAUAAAGAUCUUGAUCAACGUAGGUAGCCUAAGAUCUAGGUAGACUAUGUAUUAGGUUUAAGAUGUAACUUACUUUAAUACUCGAUCGAAGCAUUCAUUGAAAAUAAGCCUUACGAACCUUCCCAUAUCCCUGCCAUAAUAGAAAUGAGCGCGAUCUUGCCUACAGCUCGUCUAUAUUUACGUGCUAGAGCGAGAGAAAGUGUGUGAGCCAGACAGGUAAACGCAUGGUAAAUUUCUCUCCAAAAUAAAUUGGGGAAAAACUUUGACCCUCGUACCUACUUCGAGCCUAGAUCUGCGGCUGAAAGUACAUACGAGUGUCAUUGUGGAAAAAGGUAAUGGUUAUGACUUAGGUAAGAUCUAAGCUCUCACACUUCUCCUCGAACCGCAGGAUGAGAUAAUUUGCCUAGCACAUUAUCAUUUUGGAUAGAUCUAGCUCAUUAAUCUAGACUUUGUAGCUAAACCGUAAUCAUGCACUUGCUUGAACUAUUGCAAGCGUAUAGAGCGUGUCUAGAUACACCUAAAAACAUAUGGUUAUAUAGCCGCACGACUUAGCCUGAAGUAGGAAACCUAGAUUAAAAUCUAAUCAAAGUACAAACGUAAUCGAAGCUCGUGCAUUUUUACGAAAUAAUAUUAGCCAAUCACAGCGCUCGAGUCCACCGCGAUAGUUACUGUGACAAGGGUUUAACAGCUCGACUCACAAGGUCUUACCAUAACGAGAGCCGCGAUUAUACGCUACUUUGACCUGUGAUUGGCUAAAACUGUGCGUGGCGAUCAUAUAAAAGCCCAUACAUUUAGAAAAUUUGCAUCAGUUUACCAGCAAUCAGUUUACCAGUUUAUCAGUUAAGUGAACCAGAUCAGAACCAAGAUCCAGUUAAAAUUGUGAACGGACCUAGAGCCAGAACGCGAAUAAAAGUGUAAUUUUGAUCCAAAUUGUGAACCUGAACUUAAAUAGAGAUAUAUAUUUUCCGAACGAUCUGUUUUCUUUACAUAGCUUACAAACUUAAUUGAGUUAUCGAAGACGCUCCUGUGGAUGUGACCGCAUCGACCACAGUCUUUGGUCCUUCGCGAAGCCGAAUUUUAAAUUGUGAUCCGUAGACCGCCGUUUUGAAAUAAUACGAACAGUCAGUAGUGCAGUGUAUUUUUAGUCGUAAAUUCAGUGUACGAAAAUUAUGUCAAAAUGGGCGUGACGAUCCGGUCCCCGAGCGGCGACCGACGAGCUGAGAUGGAACGCCAACAGCUUGAACGACACCGCGAAGCUCAAGCUAGAGCUUCAGCGGCUCGCGACGCGGCCAGCGGAGGCGCCGCGUACGCCGAGCAGGCCUGCCCGACCGGCGAACGAGAGGCCACGCCCCAAUCGGUGGCGCUGAAUCCGAAGACACCGAGGAGGACUACAGAGAGGUUAGUCCAAGGCCGUGAACCUGGCCCAUCGGUACCGCUCCCUGACCCCGGAGUGGCUUCACCCGCGCGCGCGGACAUGACCUUGAACCACGAACCCCGCGCAGCGCCUUCGAUCUCCGCUUUAGUACGACACGAAUGCCAUCGAUCCUCAAGAGCAUCCGUGACGUCCCGCGCAUCCAUGGUGGAACUGCGGAGACGAAUGGCCCAGCAAGAAUCUCAAAGAAAGCUUCUCGAGAUUUCUCGCCGUGAAAUAGAAAUAGAUCGCGAGCUUAUGGAGAUCGACCAUCAAAUCAAGAUGAAUCGACUUGAAAUUGAAAAAAGUGAAUCUAGAUCCAGUGCAUCUAACAAGUCUAUAGAUAAAAUUAAUGAUUGGUUAGAAGAAAACUUUAUUAUCAGUGAUAAUGAUAAGGACGGCGCGGGGCCCCGCUCCGCCCGCUAUUCCCCGCCGCGUUCGCCUUGCCGCAUCGCGCCUGCGCAGUGCGCGCAGCCCGCGCGCGCGCCGCCGAUCGAGCCACGCCCUCAGGCGCCGCCAUUCCAGUCCGUUCCCCGCAGUCGACGCGUGCACACGCCGCUCGCGCCGCCGCCUGCUGUUCGCGAAUAUACGUCGGAACCUAAACAACAUGAAGUGUGUGGAAAAAGUCAGUGCGCUACGUAUUGCAGGUGUGGUUCGCGCGAGCAAUCAAGUGCAAGUCUAGAACAAGUUAUGUCGCAACUGGUGGCACUGAACAGCAGACCGACAACGAAACAAUUAUACGAUCUACCGAUAUUUACCGGCAUUCCAAAACGCCUGUCUCCUCACGUGCGAUCGCGCUGGUGCCAGUAUGCGGAAGAAAAGCUCGAGAAGGCCGAGAGCGAACUCUCGCUCAUGGUCAACUUCCUGCUCGACAUCAGUGAUAAGGAACUGCAGUACAGUCAUGCGCGCGGAGCCUCCACUCGUCACAGCGCGCCGCCGCCUGCCCAUGAUGACAGGCGCGGAGCCCGGCGCGCCCCAGCAUCUAACCCUCUGGCAGCCGGUGGAGUGAUCCGCAAGUUCCCGAGUCGUGUGCAAACGUUUACCACAGACAAGUCAGAACCUUGUCUGUGCUGUGGUGGCGUGCACACGACUACAAGUUGUAAACGUCUACUUGAUAUGAGUGUCACGGCUCGGUGGGACUGGGCAAAACAUAAUAAAAUCUGUUUUAAAUGCCUCGAUAGGAAACACAGGCGUGGCAGCUGCCAAGCAGGUCUAUGCGGAGUGCAAGGAUGCCAGCACCCGCAUCACCGAUUGCUACAUGAUCAACCUGAACUCCUACGAAGGGAAUCACUCCUACGAAGGGAACUACAGCCUCCAGUGACGCCCGCCAGUCAGCCCAUCGAGCCCGAGCGCGCACAGAACACCUUCAUGACGACAGAACGAGAGCGGACACCACCGGUGCCAGCGCGCCACUUCGUGCUAAACACCGAGCAUCUGGAACCAUCGGAUGUACUGCUCAAGGUAAUACCUAUAAUGUUAUAUGGGCCCGCAGGAGAGAUCAAAUGCUAUGCACUUUGCGACGACGGAUCUACCAUUAGUCUGUGCGAAGACUCUAUAGCCGAAGCUGUGGGUGCCGAGGGUGUUGACAUGCCUUUACACAUCAAUGGGAUUGGGCCCAUGUCGACUGUCGAACCCAGCCGACGUGUGACGGUGCAGAUACGCGGAUUGACCGGAGAGAAUACACACCUAGUAAGACUUAGAACUAUUAAGAACCUAGGCAUUAAUUCUCAAAGAGUACCUAAAUCACUGAUCAAACGGUAA